AUGCAAGUAUUUCACGAGGAGGAAGAUCUACAACAUACUCCACCACCUCCGUACACUUUGAUUGACGACAACAACAUUCAUAAUAGUGAAAUCAAUAAUUUUAAUAAUCCUCAUCAUUUUGUACUUGAUGUCGAUAACAAUGGUCCUCAAGUUCGACAGUUAGUUAAUAAAAGAUUAGCCAGUUUUCCCGAUGCGAUAAUGGACUUUUUGGAUUCUUCUUAUCCAGUAACUGGUGAUCCACAAAAUGAAGAAUAUCUCAGAUGGUUAGAACAACAACAACUACAACGUGUAGAAGGAUUAAGGGAUGCUGAUAGUGCUACUGCAUACUUGCCACCGCCAGUAUUGUAUAAUAAUAACAAUAAUGAUUUAAAUAGAUACGCUCAUCUUCAACCAUCCAAUCAUAAUAACGUUAAUUUUGUUCCUAGAAAUUUUGCUGAUGACAAUUAUAGAUCUAAGAAAAAUAACAUCGAUCCAAACGAUGAUAAAAAUAGCAAUAAUAUCGGCCUUAUAGAAGAAGUAAUGACAAUGGAGAAUAUGAAACAUCAUCAAUUGUUGGAUUGA